AUGAUGCUCGCCAACCAGAUUGUGGAUCGGAAGGUCCUUUCCAAGUCGAUUAGGGGCUUGAUCAUCAGCAUAGAGAAGCUUCGAAAGGAGUAUAAGCCUUUUGAGGCCAAACGUCAACUUAUUGCCUCGUUUGAGCUGUUUUUAGCUGAUAGGCGAAUUUUAAGGAUGCUGCCGCCAUUGCUUGGGAAGAGUUUUUUCGAAAAGAAAAGGCUCCCUAUUCCCGUAAAGCUUCCUCAAUCCCCGGAUAAAGUGUCAUUUCUCAAGAUCAUUGAAGAGGCAUCCAGGACAACGCCGCUUUACUUUCCGUCCAAUGGAAGAUGUAUUUCUAUCAAGGUUGCCACGCUCGACAUGCCCUUAGAGGAGAUUGAGGCGAACAUUCUAACAGUGCUCUCGCAUGCGAUUAAGCAAAUCCCAGGCGGUUCACUCAACAACGUGCAAUCGGUUCAUAUUAAGAGUACAUCCUCGACGGCCCUUCCUCUCUAUUCGAUAUCCACUUAA